AACCAAUCAAAACUCACUAUCCAGAGCUGCUGGGAAUUUAAAACAGCGUUUCGUACUAGUAGCAAAACAUUCAACCACAAAAGGACCCCAAAUUGAACAUCGACAUAAAAUGGAGCUGUUUGACAACGAGGUAUUUAAAAUGUUCUUUUACGAGAAUAGGCUGAAGACGUUCGAGGGGUGGCCGUUCGACGAAGACUGUGCUUGCACACCGGAAAACAUGGCAAAGGCGGGCUUCAUUCAUACUCCUUCAGACAACAGCCCAGACAUUGCUAUGUGUUUUUCUUGCCAUAAAGAAUUGGAAGGGUGGGAGCCCGACGAUGACCCAGAAAAGGAGCACAAGUCCCAUUCACCUUCCUGCUACUUCAUUAACCUGAAAAAGAACGUGGAGGAUAUGACGAUGGAAGAGUUUUUGAAGUUGCUGAAAGAGAAAGAGGAUUUCAUACUUAACAAAAACAUGGAGGACACCAUCAACAAGUUUAAGGAGGCAGCCAAGGUCAAAAGAGACGAAAUAGUCAAGUCGGCAAUGGGCGAAGAGUAGCGUUGUAUUUCUUUUGUGUUUUUGUAAAUAUCCGCAUUAUUGUUCAUUAAACGUUUUUAUUUCUUGA